AUUACGUCAACGCGGCCAGUUUGAAUCAAGGAACUCGGAAUUCAACUGGACGCACAGCACGUCUGCGAGCUCUUCCUCAGUAUAUUUAUCAAGACAUCUGAGGAAAAAGAGAAAAGAUCCGUUAUUCUUCCACAUUAGACGUUGUUCUUAACAAAGAGUUGUGAAAAUGGAUGACUAUCUGAAGAUAGAGAAAAUUGGUGAAGGCACAUAUGGUGUAGUGUAUAAAGGUAGGAAUAAAACCACUGGACAGGUGGUGGCGAUGAAGAAAAUCCGCCUGGAGAGUGAAGAAGAAGGAGUGCCCAGCACUGCAGUCAGGGAGAUCUCUCUCCUCAAAGAGCUCCAGCACCCUAAUGUUGUACGUCUGUUGGAUGUGCUGAUGCAGGAGUCCAAGUUGUACCUGGUGUUUGAGUUUCUGUCUAUGGAUCUGAAGAAGUACUUGGACUCCAUCCCAUCAGGCCAAUAUAUGGACCCCAUGCUGGUGAAGAGUUACCUGUAUCAGAUCCUGGAGGGGAUUCUGUUCUGCCACUGCCGCAGGGUUUUGCAUCGUGACCUGAAACCCCAAAACUUGUUGAUCGAUAAUAAGGGAGUGAUAAAGCUGGCAGACUUCGGGUUGGCACGUGCCUUCGGAGUGCCAGUCAGAGUGUACACACAUGAGGUGGUGACACUGUGGUACAGAGCUCCAGAGGUUUUGCUGGGGGCCUCACGCUACUCCACACCUGUAGAUGUCUGGAGUAUUGGUACCAUCUUUGCCGAACUUGCAACCAAGAAACCACUCUUCCACGGAGACUCAGAAAUAGACCAGCUUUUUAGGAUCUUCAGGACUUUGGGGACCCCUAAUAAUGAGGUCUGGCCAGAUGUUGAAUCUCUGCCAGAUUACAAGAAUACUUUCCCGAAGUGGAAAUCUGGGAAUUUAGCCAACACUGUGAAAAACUUGGACAAGAAUGGCAUUGACCUACUUUUGAAAAUGCUGAUUUAUGACCCACCCAAGAGGAUUUCGGCACGGCAAGCAAUGACACACCCGUAUUUUGAUGAUCUGGAUAAGAGCAGUCUUCCUGCCAGUAGCCUCAAAAUAUAGACCAACUUGAUGCCCUUCUCCAUACACACAUAAAAAUGCAGUGUAAGUCUUGGGGUCUUUGUGAAUUAACUCUAGAAUCCUGGGAGCUGUUCUGUAAAUCCAGAAAGCUAGUGUUGGUUUGAUUCUGGAGGCGCAGACGACUUGCUCCUCCAUCCUACAGUAAUGCAAUCUGAGUCUUUUGACACGCAAUAAUUAACCUGAGUUUGUUUGUUACUUGGGUGGUUUAUCUACUUUUUGUUUGUCUGGUUUUUGUAUGUCCUUUUCCUAUCUACUUUUAUAUGUUAUAUAACACCCGUUUGUAAAUAAAACAUAUUUUUUGAGGGCCUGAAGUGAAAUAUUCAAAGAAUAAACUUGUGUUCUCAAUGAGGAGCACUUUGUGGGAUCCCA